UCGGUGAAGCCUUUACCGCCGGCUUUGCCGGCAAGUUGCAUGACCCGCAGCUUGAAAUCGGAAUGAUAACGCCAGGAGUAGUCAUGCAGUGGCAAAUCGCACAAAAUUUUAAGGUUCGGAGCUGGAUCCCGAGCGUUUGUUCGAAGGUCACGAUAUCAAAUCUUUUAUUUUAGUUGUUUAAUUGAAAGAUAUUAUAUUUACAUUUCGAAUAUUCAUUGGAUCUUUAUUUUUUCUUCAAAUUUGUUCAGAAUCAAAUGAAGGGUUUUAUGUGAGAUUAGCCGUAAAUUUUAAAUAAUAUCUUAAUUUGUCAAAAAUCUGUCUCAAGGAGCGUAAUUGAGGCUGUGUUUUUUUUCAAGUUCAUGUGUUCUUUGCUAAUGUUUUUUUAAUUCUGAUGAUAACAUUUUGAUGUUAAAAUAGAUCAAAAACUUGAAAGUGUGUGAAGCUUUAAAGUUUGUGAAUGUACUGAUGUUAGGAAAUUAUGUUCUUUUAUAGUCUUAAUUUUGUGUGCUUUAGUAUUACAUGCUAUAUUCAAGAAAUGGUGCUUUUCAAUAUAAAGAAACAUCCUUAGAAGGAACAAGAAUGAAGUACUAAAUUGACACCAUGCAAAGAAGAAGAUCUAUAUAUGGAACAUCAAUAUUAUUUGGGAAGCCUUUAAAAUUCUCUUUUCCAGGAUUUAAAAGAAGUUGUCCCCUAAGGCCCCGUUUGGUACACGGAAUUCAAACUAUGGAAUUGGAAUUGAGGACUUCAAUUCCAAUUCUAGUAUUUGAUAGCACAAAAAUUAUGUAGAUUUGGAAUUGGAAGUGCAAAAAAAGAAUUGGAAUUGGUGAAUUCAAUUUCUAUGGAAUUGAAUCCCAUGGAAUUUUAAUUCCAAUUCAAUUCCAAUUCCAUCAAUUCUGUGUACCAAACGGACCCUAAGUGAUUUGAAAUUUAUCAUGUGGAAAAAAUUCCGUGACUCAUUCUGUAAUGCAAAAGGCUUUCAUAAUGAAAAUAUGAUGGAAGUUACGUAUUCGGAUUUGAUAAAAGUAAUCUAUUUUGUGUUAUGCAUUAAGUUCCCCAUCAAUCUUUUAUUUAGUUAUAUGUGGAUUGAUAAUUUAUAUAGAAAAGAUACUUAGUGGUUGAGUUUGGUCUUUUGUAGGAGUCAUGUCUUCUGAAAUUGUUUGAUUUUCAUUUGCUUGAAGUGUUUUUAUUAGUUGAUAUUUGUGAUGGGGCGAUGAAUGAAGACGAAGUAAAGACACUGCAUCCUCAUCAUACUGACAACGGGGAUUUGUUUUUAAUCCUGAGCCUGUGAGCAUAAUGUUAUAUUGUUAUGCCUCACUUUGAAUUGGUUGAUCUUGUUAGUUUUUAUGUCAUGUUUCCUGGUGUGAAUGUAUUGGAGCAUGCGUAUUUAAUUUUUUAUCUUGAAGAUGCAAGGAACGAGGUAAACUUGUUAGUUCCGAAUUUUGAGAAAAGUAGGAGGUCUUUAAAUUUGUCUCUUUCUAGAGAGAAUAAGAAAGGGAUUCUCAUUUAUAUGUCUUCAUACUAUAGUCAUUAUGAGUUUAGUACGUCCAAUGCCAUAGGAAGCAUUUCCCAACCAUCUAUUGGUAAGAAGAUUGGAAUAUUAUAUUGGAGGCGGAUCAGGGUCUUCGGGUGCUACCGUUGUGGACAAAGAGUUCCAUUUAAUUGUUGUUUACCCACAUUCGCAUUGUGCUCAGCUCACUAUCCGUGCAAACACUACCGGGGUUGAAAAGUUGGGGGUAGGUAUUAUUCUAUUGAUUGUAGGUACGACGUCCGUAGGUGAGUGGUCAUUCAAGUGAUUGUUAAGUUAACUAAAGACAUAGAAGACACUGUCACAUUAGACGACAGAGUCAAGUAUAUACUUGACAAUCAUGCUAAAUACAUAUAUUAUGACUUUUCAUUGGUGGCACGGUAAUGAGCUGAGCACAAUGCGAAUGUGGGUGAACAACAAUUAAAUGGAACUCUUUGUCCACAACGGUAGCACCCGAAGACUCCAAUAUAAUAUUCCACAAACUUCAUACCAAUAGAUGGUUGGGAAAUGCUUCCCAUAGCAUUGGACACACUAAACUCAUAAUGACUAUAGUAUGAAGAUAUAUAAAUGGACAUCCCUUUCCUCCUCUCUAGGAAGAGACAAAUUUACAGUCUUCCUACUUUUCUCAAAAUUCGGAACUAACAAGGUUACAGUGUUCCUUGCAUCUUCUAGAUCAAAAACUAAAUAUGCAUGCUCUAAUACAUUCUCACUGGGAAACUAUGUUGCACGGAAACGGCAGGUAGCAUGCCGUACCCGUAUCGGAGACCAUGGACACGCGGAAACGCGUCGGAGACGCCUGGAGACGUCUCGGAAACUCCAGCUGGCAUUUCCUUAAAUUAAAAUUUAAAUAAAUGCUGGGAGACGUCUGGGAGACGCCGGGGAGACGCGUCUCCCUUUUCCGAAAAGGCUUGGACGACACAGGAGACGAUAUAAUCAGAAAGAAAGAAGAGAAUGUAUCCAACCUAGUUGAAUGGGAAAAAAGAAAAUUUUAAAAAAAGAGAGAAGAAAAGAGUCGCGUCUCUCUUUUGCGGCGGCUUGCUAGGGUUUUUUUUGUUUUCCCUGCUUUGCUUAUUAUAUAUCCACUUCCCUGAUCUAAUAUUUGGGCUUCUAUCCCUACGUGGGCCUUAGAUUUAAUUCUUGACUUUUUUCUCAAUAUUAGAUAUACAUGAUCCAAAUAAAAUACUAUACACGUAGAAAAAUUUAUGUGGGAAAGAAAGAGUAAUAUAUAUAUAUAUGCCGUCUCCCCGGCGUUUCGUAUCCCCAUUUUUUCAAAAUAGCCGUCUCGGCGUCUCCGUUUCGUCUCGUCUCCGUUCCCGUCUCCGUUUCUAUGCUACAUAGCUGGGAAACAUGACAUAAAAACUAACAAGAUCAACCAAUUCAAAGUGAGCCAUAACAUUAUGCCCACAACUCAGGAUUAAAGACAAAUCCCCGUUGUUGUCAGUAUGAUGAGGAUGCAGUGUCUUUACCUCGUCUUCAUUCAUUGUCCCAUCACAAACAUCAACUGAUAAAAACACACUCAACUCUUCCAGCAAAUGAAAAUCAAACAAUUUCAGAAGACAUGACUCCUACAAAAGACCAAACUCAAUCACUAAGUAUCUUUUCUAUAUAAAUUAUAAAUCCACAUAUAACUAAAUAAAAGAUUGAUGGGGAACUUAAUACAUAACACAAUAUAAAUUACUUUUAUCAAAUCGGAAUACAUAACUUCCAUUUAAUCGAUGUUCACACACAUUCUCAUCGUGCUGAGCUCACUAUCUGUGCAAACACCACUAAGGAUGAGAAGUUGGGGAGUGGCUAUUAUUCAACUGAUCUUAGGUAUGGUGUUGUAGGUUAGUGUCAUUGAGGUGCUUGUUAAGUUAACUAAAGACACUACCACAGUAGAGGAGAGACUCAAGUAUAUAUUUGAUUAUCAUGCUAAAUACAUAUCUGAUGAGUUUACUUUGGUUGCCACGUGCAAAGGGUCGUCGAGUCCUUCCGCUUGUAUAAGUUCUAACAAAGUGGCUUGUAAGGACUUUUGUUCUGAUCUACAUGUUUCCUCUUCAGAUUGCGGGUAUUUUAAUGCUGCUAUCCAAACAAAUGCUCCUCAUCUUCUCCUUUAUCAUGUUUUGCCAUUUAUAAUCAACAAUAGGAGAAGACCUCAGUUCCAGAAAUUUAUCAAAGUCANAAUCACUCAUCUGUAUUUGGCAUGUCUUUUUGUCAAGUAUGACUUUGAUGGUGCACAAAAGAAGUUGAGGGAAUGGGAACAAGGAUUCACUCCGUUUUACCAAUAUGUGUUAAGCUUAUUUCCCAUCUUCUGUGUUUGUUUCAACUCUUGUUCUCCAGUGUCCUUUGCAACUUAGUUGAUUUGGAAGGAACAACAGUCCAUUGCUUAGUUGUUUUGCUAAUGGCCGCCCAAUUUUCUUUGUGAUUGUAAUCAUAAUUAGAAGUUGUUACUAUUGUGGCUGCUGUCGUUUUGAACUUGCAUUGUUGUGCUUAUAUGAGAAGUUCAAUGGAGAAGCUGUUGCCAUUGUGGCUGCAAUGAAUUAUAAUGCAUUGU